AUGUCCAUAUCAUGGACAAAUGCGGAUGUCACCGACGAACUCAGCAGCCCUCCAAAUCCAACGCAAGGCAACGGUAGUUUAAAUUUUCAACAAGACCUAAAACACGUUCAGUCGGAGUUACAAGAUCUACAGGUAAAAUACAAUGUACAACAACAGGAAAACAGCCAACUUCAUGUAACAGUCAAUCAACUCUUAACCAGCUUGAAUCAACUCCAAGCCACUGCAAUUCAACUCCAAACGAAUGUCGCCCAACUGCAGACUAGAAUUUCUGGCCAGAAUGCUACCACUUCUGACCUGGAGAACCUGUCGAUGUCAUCGACAUUAUUGCACGCCAGAUUAGACUCCCUGGAGUCGAACUACAACACCAGUGUGCGAAGUCUCCAUGCUUCUGUAGAUCACAUACAGGGCAAAGUAGAUGAAUUAGAUGAUUUCAGUAUUGGUCUACAGACUACGUUAUUACAAUCAGAAGAUAUUCAGGACAAAGCACUGAUUGUCCAGGGUAAUGUCACUGAGUUCUUGUGUGAACAUUUCACGCACUCAAAUGUCUCCGUGACUGGAAACGUAACUGCGGGUACGGCUGUGACCAGAGGUCGUGAUUGGACUUACGGCGAUCAGGACGGGCAUGAUCACGUGAAGGGUGUAGUCAUGGAUAAAACCACGCCCCCUGGGUUGGUGUACGUGCUCUGGGACAACGGAUGGGAAAACAUAUACAGGGUAGGAUACGCUGGUGGCUAUGAUCUCUACUACUAUUACCCUGAUGUCCUCAGCAACUUCAGGCAUGCGCUGUGUGUAAACUGA